AUGUUUUACAGUUGCUCGGUCGCGAAAAUUUCAAUCACGGUGGGCAGUGGAGACAAUGCAAACACUUAUUUUUUUUUUGCCAGCGCAACUGAGCUCGAGCAAAAAUUUCAAUCGAGUGCACUGUCUGUCUCGCCGCCAGUCUUGCAUCACUUCCAAUUCCAGAAUUUGACCUCCUUUCUUUAUGUCAUAAUAUCGGCAUCACAUUUUCUGGGUCUCCUAGAGUCGUAA